AUGCUUACACUGCGUGAUCGAAUACCAGACACAAUCGACCCAGCUGUCUACCUCGCUGAUGCAAGGGCUACGCUUCCCACGGGGAUUGAACAGCUUCGGUCUCCAGAAUACCUUCAGGCACUCAACUUGAUUUCGAUGACAGCGUUGGAAACCAACGACAUGGCUUCGCUACAGGCUUAUACCACGCCGCAGUCGCCGAGCAAGGCUUCUGCAAUGGAGAUCGAUGGCCGCUGGCCUUAUCACCUGUCGAGCGGGAAGAGCGUCGACGACUAUUUUGGCAUCCAUACCGACUCGGGGUAUACAGUUUGGUUGUCCUGCCUCGAGCGGCAAGCCGCUGUCACGUAUUUGACAUCCUUCGGAGACGACAGAAGUAAGGCUAUAGAGGCCAAAUGGCUCGAAGGAGGGAAUCUGUUUCCCGACCUCCACCGCUGA